CCGGAGGUGAUUCACGUGAACCUUAUUUCCCUGCGACUCACACGGGGGAGAGUGUUCUUCAUCCCCCAACUUCCAUUUGCUCUUCAUCCAUUCCUCAUCGUAAAGAAACCAUGUCUGCUAUUAUCAACGUACAGCCCUGGCUCAAGUUCACGGCAACGACGGUCGGCCGUGACAAGCUGUAUAGGGCAGUUCAGUACUUUUCCCGCUUUUUGGCCUGGUACUUGAUGCGACAGGGCUAUUCCAAGGAGACGGUUGUUCGAUUCAAUAACCUGAAGAAAAGCCUCGCCUUGUCGCGAAAAUUGAUGAGAAUUGGCAAGCCCAUUGAGCAUGUCGAAUCGGCUGUACUAGCCUCUAACAUCAAGGAUGAGUUCCUGCGUUUCUGCUCUGUCGGCAAGCAAUUGUCCUAUGCGGGAUACCUUACCUACGAUGCCCUUAUCUUUUUGGAUGGAGCGGGAGCAUACAGGUUCCAGAACAUUAAGCGCUACAACGAGCUGGCGAGCAAAUUUUGGCUGUCGGGAAUUUUGUUCAGCUUCGUGAUCGGACUGUACCGGACACGUCAGAUCCAGAUCCGAAGGGAGACUGCGAUGCGUGGUCUGAGGCACCAAGGGGAGAACGAGAAAUCGACAGCACGUACUGAGCUCCAGGGAUUGGCUAGGGAGCAACAUGGGGUGAACAAACAGUUACUGCAGGAUGGUCUCGACGCGUUGAUUCCGUCGUCUAGUCUGAAUUAUGUGGACUUGGAUGAUGGUGUUGUCGGUCUUAUUGGUACCGUUACAUCAAUCAUGGGUGCUCAAACUCAGUGGGCCAAGGUUAACAAGGCCAAGGUCUAGGACGAGGUACAUCAGUACAAAAGGAGACAUCGAAGCACCUCACGCUUGGAGAUUAGGAGGAGAAAAAAAAAAGAAGGGAUCGGCGGACAAAAUACAUAGCAGGUACCGGAAUGAAACCAGAAAGGAAGGGAGCAAGGUCGAUCUCUGUUGUUACUUAGCCUCGUUGCACUGCUUUUUGAACCAAGAAUUAAAAAACGUUUGUACAGAUUCUAUUUCUGGCCGAGGAAGAGGAUGGAGGAGAAUAAAAAAAAAAUUGAGCACCCAAGGAUGACA